CACAAUUACUAGUAAUUUCACAAACUUUCGACUUGCCAGUGGUCCAAGGGUAUAAAGAAAGAAGUCAUAAAAUGCGCGAAAAUACACCACCACGCCCAGCAGACAUCGAUGAUGAUGUUGAGGAAAUAUAUUUAGACAAUGAUGCUCCACCAGAAGACGACGAUGACCUCGAAAUGGAGGAGAUAACUUUGGAAGAGUUGGAAUCACGUUUGGAAGGCGGCGACUAUGACUCCGAUGAUGAAGCUCGUAAAUCGCCUGUUCAGGAUGAUGCUAUUUAUACAUUCCAACAACACUCUGCGCCGGUUUUUGCUUGCGCCUUCCAUCCCCAAAAUUAUUUGUGCGCCACGGGUGGUGAAGAUGACAAAGUGUUUGUAUGGAAUCGCAACAAUGGCGAAGUGGUACACGAAAUCUCUGAACAUAAGGACACCGUCAUUGAAGUUCAGUUCAACCAUGAUGGAACUUAUUUGGCUAGUGGUGAUAUGGCCGGCGAAAUUUUCUUGCACAAAAUUCAAGAAAAUAGCGGCAGUGACGAGAAAGAGGGAGGGUUCGUUUUGCGUAAAGUCUGGGAGUAUUCAAUGGGUGACAUGUCCUGGAUGCGCUGGCACAAAGCGACCAACGUAUUAAUGGCAGGCAGUGAAGAUGGAGAAAUUUAUGUAUUUCGUUUGCCAGCCGGGGAUUGUAAAAUUUUUCCCGGGACAGGUGUGCGUUGCGGAUCGGGCGAAUUGACUGGCGACGGCAAGAAAUUGUUGGCGUCUUAUAACAAUGGCACAAUUAAAUUAUGGGACAUUAAAACCGCCACUGUGGUAAUGGAAAUUGAUGAAAAUCAUCCCAUGUUUCUUCAAGAGGGUUCUACUACUGUCAGCUGCGAUAAAGAGUUGCCUAUUUAUGUGACGGGUGGUGAGAGCGGUAAAAUUGUAUUUAGUACCCCGAAUGGUCCAGUUGGAACGGUUGAAGCAAAUGGUGCUGUUGAAUGCUUGGCAUUCUCUCCAUCUCCGGACUUUCGAAUGGCCGCUAGUGGGACUUUAGGAGGUCAAGUGGCCAUUUGGGACUAUUCCAAGCUUAGUAUGCGCACCCAAUGUGAACAUCCUGAAGAUGGCGUUACCAAAAUUCAAUGGAUAAGUGAAUUUACCAUCUUGGUCGCUACCCUGGAAGGAAACUUAGUUGCAUACGAUGCUCGAACUGGUCAAAAGAAAUUCGCAUUAUCUGGUCAUAUGGCUGAAAUAUAUUCGUUCGCUUACGACCCAAGAGAGUCAUUGUUACUUACAGUUUCGGAGGAUAAUUCAGCCAAAAUUUUCAAAGUACCCCAACUUGGGGAAUAGACCUAUAUUUUCAGUACAGAUAUUUUAUUUAAGCUAUUACUGUCUUAAAUGUAUGUCCAUAGUGGCAUGGAGCGGAUUAAUAUCCGCACCCUAUUUUCAACCUAACCUAGGUAUUUUAUUUCUAUACCUUAUAUGAACAGGCGGAACAAUGUAAAUAGCCGGAGUCCAAGAUAGUUAAUAAUUUAAUAUAAUCAAUAGCCAAUAUACUGUGGAACAGUGGUAUUAAUUCUUAAAGGCUUUAUGUAUGUUUUCACAUAUAGACUAUUAUUUUUAUACUACUAGAACCAUUGCAACAAUAGAAAAAUAAAAAAUGUAGAAUAAAGAAAUGGACUGAUCCAUGUUGCGUACUCAUA